AUGGACAGCUACUACAACACCAGCUCCUAUGGUGGUCAAGGGAAACAACAUCGUCCCGGCCAGAACCAUUCGAAUAGUGAGCUUCUCUACUCUGCUAAGGUGUUGUCGGAUGCAGCACAAUCAGUUUACAACCAUGAACCUGGCAAGAUGGACAAGGCCAAGGUAGCAACUGCCGCUUCCAAUGUUUUAGGUGCAGCUGGUGUUGAUGAGAGUAAGGGGUUUGGCAUGUACGUUGACAAAGCCGCUGUUUAUCUUAAUAAACACGACUCUUCCUAUGGAGGAAAGACUGGUCAUUCUGGUGGUGGAUUCGGUGUAAGUGGUGGUUAUGGAAAUAAGGUUAAGGUUACUGAACAUUCUGAGAGUGGUUAUGGACGUUAUGGUGGUAGUUAUAAUAGGAAUAAUACUGAGAAUGGAUAUGGAAGUGGGCGUUAUGGUGCCAGUGGUGGUUAUGGGAAUAAUAAUGAGAGUAGAUAUGGCGGUGAACGCUACGGUGGUAGUGGUGGUUAUGGGAAUAUUAACGACAGUGGGUAUGGCGGUGGACGUUCUUCUGAUGGUGGUUAUAGAAAUAAUAAUGAAAGUGGUUAUGGUGUUAGACGUCCUGGUUAUGGUGCUGCUGAUAACCGUGAGGGAGUACGAUCAAGUGGGAGUUAUGGAGAACAAAACUAUUCUGGUGGAGGCUAUGGAUAUGGAGGGAACUCUGGUGGUGCAUAUGGUGAUGAAAGUUCUGGAAGAGGGUACGGUAGGGAUGGUGGUGAUAGUCGCUCCGGUGGUGGAUACGGCUAUGAUUAUUAG